GCUGUUUCUGCAACUGUUUCAUCAAGUUGAUGAUUAAAUCUCUGACUAUUUCCUCAUUGUCGUCACAUGAUCGUUUCUCAUUGACAGGCAACCAGCACAAAUUCUUGUUCGCUGAGUCUCGAUAACAACUAGGCUAAACAUAUUUUCAUGGAGAAUCAACGACUUUUAAGUGGGCAUGGACCGUAUUAUGGCAGUGAAAACCCCGGCUACUGCCCAGCAGCACCCGGUGCUCCAGCCAUGUUCGCCCCGCCCGUGUCAGACCCCUCCGCUCCUUCUGCACCGCCCGCUAGCAUGUUUGACAACGUCCCGGGCUACGAAGGAACCGUGAUGGGAGGAGGUGGAUUUCUGCCUCCUCCUAUGCCAACUGUGCCAGUGCCUAUGCCAGAGCCAGGACAAACACACCCAGACUGGAACAUUCCAUCCAUCACUGAGGAAACGGCCAAAGACGCCUUCAUUAUGUUCGCCUCCAGCAAGUGUUGCUACAGCUCUGGCCCAGCCAAAGACGGAGUCAUUACCAGAAUGGAGGCUUUCAACACCUACAGGUAUCGCUUGGAGACCUUCAGUGAGUCAAGAUCUACUGAAUGGAGCCAGGAGCCCUACCACGGGCAACCGGUGGAUGCCUUCACGCAAGCAGUUCCAGGUCCUUGGGACGUCCCCGCCCAGGCUCCAGCUUUCUUCAAGGAUCAUACCCAAAAUACCAGAGUACCCUACACUUCAUCUGUGAAGAAUUGCUAUACAUGCGUUGGGAUGGGCAGAAUCCCAUGCAAAGACUGUGCUGGAGCUGGCAACAAAGUUUGCUGGGUGUGCAAUGGCUCUGGAUUUCGCCAUGGAGAUGAUCGCUGCUCGCACUGCAACGGAAGAGGAAGAGACAACUGCAGUCACUGCCGUGGUCAAGGCUCUCGCGACUGUACUACAUGCCAUGGCAGGAGACAGAUCCUGAUGUUCAUCAACCUGAAGGUCAAAUGGACUAACCACACUGACGUCUAUGUGGUGGAGCAGGCUAGUGGUCUGAAAGUGGACAAUCUUAGUAAAGUGUCAGGAAAGGAGAUGUACAAGGAUUCCCAAUACCUGGUAUAUCCUGUGAGGGGCUUUCCUGAUCUUGCUGUGGUUGGAGCAUCAGAGAGACUAGUGAGAGAGCACACGGCCAACUACUCCCAGACCUCACGCAUCCUGCAGCAGCGCCAGACCAUCGAGCUGAUCCCCAUCACUCGAGUCAGCUACAUGUGGAAGGGAUCAAAUUACGUUUAUUUUGUGUUUGGGAAUGAAUUCAAAGUGAGCUCUGAUGACUACCCUGCUCAGUGCUGCUGCUCUGUGAUGUAACUGCCUGCCAAGAAGAUUGCAGUUCACUUUUAUUCCAGCUGAGGGCACUACCUCCAUGUACUGUCUGUAAGAGAAUCUCUGUGCUUAUAAUGUAAUGUGAAUGCACACAGACGUCUUACAUGACAUUUGUUUAUUUCUGUUCAUAUGAAACAAAUACAGUGCACAGAUGUUAAAAAGCAUAGACAUGAUUAUCAUCUGCUGAAUGAUUCACGGAUAAUACUGCUAAAAGUAUUCACAACUGUUUUUUUAAUGUCACAGUCAUGUAUGUUGUUAUGUCGAUGAGUCUCACUUCACAGAGAAUGCCAGAGAUAUCCAUUAUAUUCUGUGAAUGGGAGUUCUGUUUGUUCUUAUCAGCAUUAGCUACCUAUUUAGAUUUGCUUGUCAGUGCAUUCCACAUUUAUUGUCAGGUAUAAUGUAGGCCUACCGCAAGUAACCAGAAAACUGGUCACUUAGUACAGUACAGUACAGUACUACUUCAGUGAAGGAAGAGAGCUCAUCUGUUUUGGCUGACUGAUCUUUUUUUGCUACAUACAAAAAGUCAGUUUGGAGUUUUGCACAACAGUGAGGAGACAAUCCCAGAAUGUCUUGGUGAGGUAUUGAUUUUAAUGUCUGUAAUUGUUUAUGACACCACUUUCCUGAAGUUGUUUGCUCAGACCAAAGUUACUGACAUUUUUAUAACCGUUUUGUACAAAAAGGCUAAUGAACUUAAUUGUGUGUUUGUUCUACAAUAAAGUUUGUAAUAUUGUUUAUGAUAA